AGAAAGAGAAAUCUGCUCUCAUCAUUUAUCCCCCUGGAGUCAACACAGCGCAAUGGCUGCGGCAGCGGAUGCGCUCUGUUGAGGCUAGCUGUUGAUUAAACACCAUCGAGCGGAUCUACCUGACCUUGCGUCGCAGAUUGGCGUCUCUCUCAGCCGACACAACCAGCUGUGAUCCCCGCGGUGCGACGACCCGCCAGCUCCUAGCAACCUGCGACCCGACCAGCGGAGGAAGCAAGACUACCGGGCUACAUGGCUGAGCCGGAGCUGCUGCUGGACUCUAACAUCAGACUCUGGGUGGUCUUGCCCAUUGUCUUCAUCACCUUCCUCGUCGGGGUGAUUCGCCACUACGUUUCCAUUCUCCUUCAAAGUGACAAGAAGUUAACAUUAGAGCAGGUGUCCGACAGCCAGGUUCUUAUCCGGAGCAGAAUUCUCCGGGAGAAUGGCAAAUACAUUCCCAAACAGUCUUUCUUGAUGAGGAAGUUCUACUUCAAUAAUCAAGAAGAUGGAUUCUUCAAAAAGACCAAAAGAAAGGUUGUUCCUCCAUCUCCGAUGACAGAUCCCAGUAUGCUGACAGACAUGAUGAAAGGCAAUGUGACCAAUGUGCUUCCCAUGAUUCUCAUUGGAGGCUGGAUCAACUGGACCUUUUCAGGAUUUGUAACAACCAAGGUUCCCUUCCCUCUUACGCUGCGCUUCAAGCCCAUGCUGCAGCAAGGAAUCGAGCUGCUUUCACUGGAUGCUUCCUGGGUGAGCUCAGCAUCAUGGUAUUUCCUGAAUGUGUUUGGACUGCGAAGCAUGUACUCAUUAAUCCUAGGCCAAGAUAAUGGCGCAGAUCAGUCCAGGAUCAUGCAGGAGCAGAUGAGUGGCGCCGCCAUGGCCAUGCCCGCAGACACCAAUAAAGCUUUCAAGGCUGAGUGGGAGGCACUUGAGCUGACUGACCACCAGUGGGCGCUGGAGAGUGUAGAGGAUGAGCUGAUGAGCAGGGAGCUGGACCUUGAUGGGAUGUUUAGCAAGGAGUUGCCAACUGGCAUCUUCUGAUGGCCUGUGCAUUUCUACUGGAACCUUCAAUUUGAUUUUUGUUCAUUGCUGGGAGGUUUUUAGGCUAAAGACAUAGAGAUGGGACAUGUCCCUCCUCCAUAUGCAAAGUUUACAUUCACUCAUGUAUGGCCAUUACCCUCUCACAUUUAGUAUCAUCAUUUUCAUCAUUUCCAGUCUGCUUUUAAUGAAACAUUUGAAAUAACCUAACCCACUGGUUCUGCUGCAGUCUGUUAAUGUUAGAAAGUAUAGUUUUGUCACUUUUGAGACAACUAAGAAAAAAAAAAUGGGGGCAGGGAUCAAGUGACUUUUUGCUUAUUGAAAUAUAUUAGUAGCUUGUAAUUAUAUGCUACCAUUACUAUUAAUGUCACAAGGUUAUAGAAUGUGAACUAGUGAUUUUUCUUUUUCUAAAAUCAUGAUCUGUUGAUGGUGUCAAAUUCAUGAUCAAAUGAUUAUCAUAGAUAUCAGGAUACAGUAACCAUUUUACAGAUACACAUGACUGUGAAAGGUGUUUAUUUCAUUGCAUUUUCAGUGUUUCAUCACUCCCCUGUCAGAUCAUGGAUGGAGCAGCUGUUUCAUGCCAGCUGCUCAACUGAUGUUGGACCUAGACUUUAAACUGAUUGGGUUCUAGUAAGGACAUUUGUGUGGUUUAAAUUUAGUGUAUUUGAAAUAUUUAUUUAGACACUUUAUUUUGUAACUAUUCCCUGUGUUUUGUAUAAAGCCUGUUUGACUAUA